CAGCUAGCUCAAUGCAAUCUCGUUUACUUAUCAUGAACCCACCGAAGCCCAAUUCGCCAUUGGCCAUUGGCUGUUGAUCCGGGGGCUGAUCUUUAACUGCCUUAAAGGACCAAUGCCCCAACAAUGCAAUUGGGAAUGUUUUUCUUUUUCAACUUCGCGCCGCUCUUUUCCUUCCGCUGCGGUCUGCCUCGAAGUCAACUGUGAACAAUGAUGGCAUUCGCGACGACAUUCGCGAUGUCGGGUCCUAAACGCGUGGUAUUGGCGACAUCGGUCUUCUUGGCGCUCGUCACUGCGCAGUCGACAGGAUCUGGCACGUGCACAGACACCCACAUCUUCUUAUCUCGAGGGAAUAACGAGCCGUAUCCAGGACGGCAGGGCAAGCUGGUGGAAGCCAUCUGUUCGGGGUUAAGCAGCUGCGACUAUGAGGAUAUUGCAUUCGAUAACGCCCUAGAGACCGAGUAUUGCGGUGCCGUGGAAGCCGGUCGCAAAGCCGGUGUUGCGCAGAUAACGGCGUACAAUAAGAAAUGCCCCGAUUCGCAGCUUGUGGUUAGCGGGUACUCGCAGGGUGCGCACGUUCUAGGCGAUAUCCUUGGUGGCGGCGGCGGGACUUUCUUUCAAGAUUGCACAACUCCUACGACUGCAGGAUUAGGUUCGGGUUCGGCCGCGGGAAAGAAGAUUACCGCGGCUCUCUUAUUUGGCGAUGUACGCCAUACUGCCAGCCAGUCGUUCAAUACGCUGGCUGGUGCGUCUAUCAGUGGAUUGUACCCUCGAUCUGGUGAUCAACUCGCGGGGUUGAACCAAUUCGCAGGGGUGUUACGGGAUUGGUGUCAAGGUGAUGAUCCGAUUUGCGCACAAGGCGAUGGUAAAAGGACAUACGAAGUUGAACACCAUUUGAACUACUUCGAUGUUUAUUCAGGUUCUGCUGGAGAUUGGGUUAAAUCGAAGUUGAAAACAACUACAACUCCAUCCACUACUUCAUCUGUUAUUUCAUCUUCAAGCUCCACAGCGGCGUCGAGCACUACGACACUGAUCACAACAACGUCGAGCGCAUCGAAAUCGAGUACAGCGGAAUCGAGUACAGCGGAAUCUAGCACAGCGGGAUCUAGUACUGGGGGAUCUAGCACCGGGGGAUCAACGACGACGGCAUCGAGCACGGGAACCGCGUCUACCGCAUCGGCGUCCACCAGUUCGGGCUCUGCAGCUUCAGCAACAACCUCUAUCCCUUUCCCAGAAGCUACCAGCUCGGGCACCGCUGCCGCACCUUCGACAACGUCUAGUUCUCAGGGCAGCGGUGCCGGAACUAUUGAAUGCAUGAAGGGCUAUAUCAGUUUGACUGCCUUGGUGUUUUCUGUUUUUAUGUUAGCCUAGUUACCUACCUACCUACCUAUAUAAUACUUAAUUCUGCACAUAUACACCUAUACCUCCGAACGCCGGGCUACCGGAGAACCACGAAACUGCUACACUACCGUAACUCGUAUUGAAUCUCAAUAGUUGCGCCCGCUACCGCAAGAAUAUGGCUCGGCUCUUUUACAUACAAUAGAAUUCAGUAUAUGGCGUUAGGAUAUCAUAGCGAAGAACCCGGGUCUAACAACGGUGGGAUGAAACCUCGCCGAAAUACGCGUAUUCCCUCAUUGAAUGCGACGACCCAAUAUGGAAGAUGACGCGCUUCGGG